AUGACCGAGCCCGGGUCCAGCGCUUGCGGGCUGGCGACAAAUUUUCAGACUCCGCGGCGCCCGGUUCCCUUCGUCUCCCCGAAAACAAAAAGCGAUGGCCUUGCCAAUCUCCCGGUCAACAAUAAACGCGGCUCGGUGCGCUCGCCCGACGGCGCGCCCAUCCCGAGACGACUCGAUGCCAGCGACGUGGGAUGGGCUACCUCGACGACGCCGCACUCGACCGCGAACGAUCCGGCCGAGACGGAAGCGCUGCAGUGCCUCGAACAGGGCACAGCGAAGCUCGAGGAGGGUGACGUGCAGGCGGCCAAGGAACUUUACAAGCGCAGCGUCGAGAUCAAACGCAAUGCAAGCUCCCUCUUCAAUCUCGGCGUGACACAUUACCACCUCAAAGAGUACGACGACGCCAUUUCUGCGUGGAAAGAGUCCAUCGCGCUCCAACCAUCAAGCCCGGACGCCCACACCAAUCUCGCCAGCGCGUACAUCAUCUCCCCCGUCGCACGCCCGGACCUCGCGCUACACCACCUCCAUAUCGCGACUUCCCUCGCGCCUGAGGAUCCCGAAAUUGCGUUCAACUACGCCGCCGUUCUGGAAGCAUGUGGCCGCCUGGAAGAGGCUCUAGAACAGUACAAGCGCAGUAAAGACAACGGCGUCGAACGCGCAGCCAUGCACAUCCGCAACGUGAGCGCUAAGAUCCUGGGAUCGAAGAUGAAAGAAGCCGAGAGCGCCGGGGGCGAGAAGCCCGGCUCGGACUCACAGUGAGGCAGCGGCCAAGGCGACGCCGUCCCCCGCGCGCUGCGCGCACCGUCGCUUUGGUGGCGGCGGGAAGAGCUUUGACGGCUAGGCGGCGCUUCUCUUCCCUCGGCGUGCGUCCACCGCGUCGAGCGUUGUUAUUGUCUGGCGCGCUCGUUCUCGGGACACACGCGCCGCGGACUUUGCCGGUGCGAAGGUCGUUAGUAUGAGCGUCAGGCGUUCGAAGGACCGUGAUCUUCUUCCUCAUUCGAUGGCUGUGGAGGACUUCGCGUACUAUCUGGAGUACGUACUUCUCGAUGCUGCGGAGUGUGCAUCCCCCCCGCCGCGAGAUGCGUAUGACGUGGGGUUAUGCAUAGAUAAUCAGGAUCGAAAACACGUCUCUCCGCG